GAUAAACAAAAAGAUGAAGACCAUACACUCUUGAGUGACUCUUGCCAACUAUACCUUCUCUUUCUUGCUUGCUUAUUUUCUCUUCCAAUAAUAAUGGCGGAUGAAAAACUAACCCAAAUAGCUAGAAAUAGAAUUCAAGAUUUUGAUCCUCCAAAGAAACCAAAAACAAACAAAUAUGCAAUUGCUUGUUCUUUUCUAGCUUCUUUGGCUUCCAUAUUGCUUGGUUAUGAUAUUGGAGUUAUGAGUGGAGCAAUCAUCUAUAUUAAGAAAGACCUCCAUAUCAGUGAUAUCCAAGUUGAAAUUCUAGUAGGAAUUCUAAAUGUCUACUCACUCUUUGGUUCCGCCGCUGCUGGCCGGACCUCCGACUGGAUUGGCCGCCGGUAUACUAUGGUGGUGGCCGCCGCGAUAUUCUUCGCCGGAGCUCUUUUGAUGGGUUUUGCUACUAAUUAUGCCUUUCUCAUGGUGGGUCGGUUUGUCGCCGGAGUCGGAGUUGGGUAUGCUCUAAUGGUUGCUCCGGUUUAUACAGCUGAAGUCUCGCCGGCGUCUUCUCGUGGCUUUCUUACUUCCUUCCCGGAAGUGUUCAUCAAUGGAGGUAUAUUGCUGGGAUAUGUAUCAAACGUAGCCUUCUCAAAACUUGCAACUAACCUGAGCUGGCGGUUCAUGCUUGGAAUCGGAGCAAUCCCAUCGGUAUUCUUAGCUUUAAGUGUACUCGCCAUGCCUGAAUCACCUCGUUGGCUCGUCAUGCAAGGUCGGCUCGGCGAUGCAAAGAAAGUUCUCGACAAAACAUCGAAUUCAUUACAAGAAGCUGAAUUACGACUCGCCGAUAUCAAACAAGCCGCCGGAAUACCUGAAAACUGCAGCGACGACAUCGUUGAAGUACCAAAACGCCCUAAAGGUGACAGUGUAUGGAAGGAAUUAAUCUUCUCUCCGACGCCGGCAGUUCGACAUAUCCUAAUCACCGGUGUUGGAAUUCAUUUUUUUCAACAAGCAAGUGGAAUCGACGCUGUUGUUCUAUACAGCCCGAGGAUUUUUGAAAAAGCUGGGAUUAAAUCCGAUCACGAUAAGUUGCUUUGCACCGUCGCAGUUGGAUUUGUGAAAACUAUGUUUAUUCUAGUAGCUACUUUCAUGCUUGACAAAUCAGGACGCCGGCCGUUGUUGUUAACCAGUGUAGGCGGAAUGGUAGCGUCGUUGGUACUUCUCGCUACUGGUCUCACUAUCAUUGAAAACUCAGAUCACAAAUUAACAUGGGCAAUUGCACUGUGCAUAGCAAUGGUGUUAGCUUACGUAGCGCUUUUCUCGAUCGGUAUGGGACCGAUAACGUGGGUUUACAGUUCGGAGAUUUUUCCGUUGAGGCUCCGGGCAACUGGCUGUAGUAUUGGUGUAGCAGCGAACAGAUUAACAAGUGGAGUAGUGUCAAUGACGUUUUUGUCUCUGGAGAAGGCGAUAACGAUCGGAGGUGCAUUCUUUUUGUACGCAGGAUUAGCAGCGGCAGCGUGGGUGUUCUUCUUCACAUUGAUGCCGGAGACUCAAGGGAAGACUCUAGAAGAAAUGGAAGCGUCGUUUGGAACUUUCUGGAACUGGAGAAAGACUGCGAGAGAGAUGAGAGAAAUGAGGAUGACUGAGAAGAACAGUAACGAUAAUAACGGCCAGGUUCAAAUGGGUACUGUUAAUUAAAGUUUUAGCAGUUGAGAAAAAUGUUUAGAUGAUAAAUUAUGGUGAUCACAUUGUUAAUAUGGGUUUUACUUAAGGGCUGAUCUGUCUCCUAACUCUUGAGAUUUCAUGGGGGUAGAAAAAUACAACUGGGAAUCAAGCAAAACUAUGUGUACUCAGUGAAGGAACAUUAAUUACUACCAUAUGAGAGGAGACAACAAUUUCCCUA